GACAAUCACACUUGGGACCUUGUAAUUUGUCCCUCUGAUGUCAAACCUAUUGGUUGUAAAUGGGUGUACUCAGUCAAGUUUCGAGCUGAUGGCUCACUGGACAAAUAUAAGGCCCGCCUCGUGGUUCUUGGGAACCGACAGGAGUAUGAUAUUGAUUAUGAAGAGACAUUUGCACCUGUUGCCAAAAUGACUACUGUGCGGACUAUCUUGGCACUUGCUGCAUUGCAAGGGUGGUCUCUUCGGCAGAUGGAUGUGAAGAAUGCUUUUCUACAUGGGGAUUUGAUGGAAGAAAUCUAUGUCCCCACCUCCCGGCAUGUUUGCUACACCUUCCUCAGAGACUUCUGCAGGAAUUGUAUUGCUUCUCGUAUAUGUCGAUGACAUUGUGAUUAUUGGCUCAGAUAUUGAGUUAAUUAAGCAAUUACAACAGCAUCUCAAGGCCUCUUUUCACAUGAAAGAUCUUGGUCUCCUGCAGUACUUUCUUGGCCUUGAGGUGCAGCUUACUCCAACUGGUACGUUGUUACACCAGCACAAAUACACGCUAGACGUUAUUUCAUUGGGUGGUCUCCAAUCGGGUAACCUUGUUUUUACUCCCUUGGAGGUAAAUCUUAAGCUUCGUCAGGAAGGAGAGCUUCUAUCAGAUCCAUCCUUGUAUUGGCAGCUUGUUGGGAGUUUAAACUACUUGAUGAUUACUCGUCCUGACAUUUCUUUUGCUGUGCAACAAGUCAGUCAAUUUAUGUACCUCCCCGACAUCUUCAUUUAGCCGCUGCCCGCCGCAUUCUCCGAUAUCUGAAGGGCACCUCUACACGCGGGUUGUUCUUUCAUAAAGAAUCUUCCUUACAGUUGAUGGGGUAUAAUGAUGCUGAUUGGGCCGGAUGUGCGGAUAUUCGUCGCUCCGUUACUGGCUGGUGCAUAUUCUUAGGCAAUGCACUCAUUUCUUGGAAGAGUAAGAA